AUGCCCUCAUUGGGAGGUUAUCUGGGUGUGUCCAGCUGGGAGAGACCCUGGGGUAGACCCAGAGCUUGCUGGAGGGACACCUUGAGAUUCCAGAAGAGGAGCUGGAAAGCAUUGUUGUGGGCAUACUACACCUCAUAUCACUUACCUGCACUCCAUUCCUUUGCAUGCACACCUGCGUGUCUCCUCCCUCAACCCACAGUGAAGAUCAAUCAGAACUGGGAGGUGGUGUACCAGGACACCAGUGUGUAUGGGGUGGUGGGCAAAGCCGUGAUCUUGGAGUGCGGUGCCACUCUACCUGACAUGUACAUAUGGAGCUUCACAAAGCCCGGCACUGAAGCUAUAAGAGCGGUGGUGUAUGAUCUGGGCAAAGGGACGAGGAUCCAGAAGCUGGCCGAGACGCUCGGGAAGCUCUCUAUCAUCUCAAAGAGCGCAGCUGUGAGCAUCGAGAAUCUACCUGUGGCUGCUCAUGGCCUGUUCACGUGCCAGGCCUUCUACAACAUCGAAACAGAGCCUAAGGUUUACUACUACUACGUUCACCUGACUGUCAGAAUUCCAGUCACAAAGCCAUACCUCCUGAUGAGUGAUGUUUCUCCAGUGGAGGGCUCUACGAUGUGGAUGCGCUGCAAUCUGGAAAACGGGACUGGACCGAUACAGUAUGUGUGGCAACAUGAAACCCGUGGUGGCAACCUCACAACCUUUGCACACAGCAACACCAGCGUCAUCAACGUGACAAAUGUCAACCGCAACCACACCGGCUGGUACCGCUGUGUGGCCAGCAAUGCUGUCAACAGCGAGAGCUCGAACCGGUUACUGCUGGAAACCAUCUUUGGCCCGGACAUUCCUCAGAUAGACGUGUCUCCGUUCACAAUAACAGAGCGGGGUUACUCUGCUGUAGAGAGAGAGACUGUUUCUUUACUGUGUCAAGCCCAGUCUAACCCGGCCAGUCAGUACGUCUGGUUUCACAACAACUCGCAGGUCUAUGCUGGACCCCAUUACACCAUCACCAAGAUCUUCCGCAUGCACACCGGAGACUACGCCUGCUUGGCACAGAACACUUACCUCAACACCCGCUCCAGAAAAACCAUCAGCCUGACUGUUUACUACCCGCCUGACGGCUCUCCCUCCUGUUCUGUGGAGCCAGCUCUGAAUCACACUUCUCUGAGACUGCUCUGCUCUUGGCCCGGUGGAUUUCCCUCCCCCUCCCUCCACUGGACCGGAGACCUCAAACGACUGGCGCAAAACAACUCUGACACAGGGCAGCAAACAAAUUCUCUGACCAACACUGCCAUCUUGCUGCGGUCUGAAGACUUGCAAACCAACAACAGCUUGUUCACAUGUGUCGGCUCCCAUAUAGCACUUAAACAAACAUCCGAGUGCAGCACACGCUCAUACAUCCCCCCUGCAGAGCCAGUGUGUUUUGCAUAUGUGACUAACAACAGAAAGUAUCUGCUGCUGUCCUGUUCCUGGGAUGGAGGCACCCCAAAGGCCUUGGUGUGGUGGGAGGGCCCAGGGGGCCAGGGCAAAGGUGGGGAAGAAAACUCAAACAUCCUGAUUCUUCGCUAUGGCACUGCUCGAGGCGGGUUACCCUACACCUGCCAUGCUAAGCACCCACUACUAGCACAAACCAAGACCUGCAGGCUCACACUUGAGGCUCCUGUGUUGCUGACACAGCGCAAGGUGGUGUCUGUGUAUGAGGGGAGUGAUGUCCAGCUAACCUGCAAUCUGAGAACCAACUAUCUACCUGCCAGUGACAUCACCUGGUUUAACAAUCAAGGUGUGGAUGUCCGAGACACAUUGAAGUACAAGCUGCUCCGAACAUCUGCAUGGGCCAACCUGACUGUGAGAGAUACACAUGAGUCUCAAGACAGUGGCGAGUACAGGUGCUCCACUUACAACGCGGUGGGAGGAACCGACAUCAAUAUCACUUUAGUGGUCAAACGACACCCCAUGCCACCCAAUGUGACCCUGGUGAAAGUGUCAUACAACAGCCGACAGCGCAAUGAGGUGGAGUUGGAGUGGCAGGUAGAGAGCGAGGAAGAAAGAGGCUGGACAGGUUUCAUCCUGGAGCACCGAUGGAUGUCAGAGCGGCCGGGUAGGAGAGACAGCAACAAUGCUUCGAAGGAGGGGAGCGAGGAGAGGAUCGGUCCACCAGUCUGGUACCCUAACAUCAUCCAGGACCCAGAAGUUAGAAGUCAUAAAGUGGGAAGACUUACUCCUACGGCUACCUACCAGUUCCGCAUCACACCUGUCAACCACCGCACCGUCGGAUACUCUUCUACAGCAAAGUCUCCAGCGGAACCUAGCUCCAACGUGCUGCCCGCUGUGAUCGGAGCAGCUUUCGGUGGAAUGCUCUUGGCAGCUUUCUUGACGAUGCUGCUGCUCAUCUUCCUAAUCCGCAACCGCAACAACAAUCCACGACUACAUGACUUGCUGUUUGGUCGACAGCACAGCCAGUCAAGGGAGAAUAUCAACUUUCCAGAGGAUGAAGUGGUGGCCGGGUCAGAGGGAGGAAUAGAGGAGAUUGGUGAAUCUCCAAGUCCAGGUCCAACCAUGGCUUUACCACGAGCGUCUUCACCCCUCACCACCGCACAAGCUCCUCCCCCUGGAGAUGAUAAUGAGCCUGUCAGUGUCACCAUCACCGUACAGGCUACAGGCUCAUAGUUGGAGAUCAAAGACUUUUGUAGUUUUUCUGUAACCUGGAUUUCAUGUUUUUGUAGACAAUCUUAGCAGCAAUAGUAGCAUGACUGACAGUAGAUUACAUCUCAACGUACAAUAACAGGAACAAACACCAGUUAUAUAUUUCAGACUUUGUCAUACAGUAAUUUGAGGCACAGACGUGAGAGAUGCAUCGAUUAUGUUUAAUUAAAUGACAUGCAAGUGUUGUGUUCAUUUAA